GUGUCCGGUCCACUUCUGUUCGUGCGUCUCCACUGACAUAUAACAUUAACGAGUAUAGAGUUCAAACCAACCCAAUGCGUGUUAACGCUAGCAGCAGCAUAGGAUACCCGUAAUAUACAAUAUACUAUUUGUGCCUUUGAAAACAUCCGCGGUUGCUGCAAAUAUCGGCCUGCCGCCUAUGGACGCCCUCUACUGUUGUUCAACACCUACAGUAUGUUAUGCUGUCAUCGCUGCAUAAAUCUAUUACUGAUUAACAAAGGUUAUAUCAUCUAGAAUUCAAGGGCGAUGAUGGUGUGGGUAAACCGAACCUUUGCCCUUGAUGUCUAAUAAAACUCUGUGAGACGAAAAUAUAAUAAGGUCUAUCUCAGCAGCUAACCAUCGCUCGGCUAGACCCGGGUCUAUCGAAAUGCACGUGUUAGUCGAUCAAACGGCUAAGCGUAUGCAGGUACUGCAGACUGCGCUCCUUUAGGCCAUUCUAGAAGAGCCAGAUCCGUGCUUGCCGCUGUAUGAUAAAAGCGAGUGAGCGAAAAAAAAAGUCACGCUAGGUGAACACGGUGAAACAGUUGACUUACCAAAGGAGGUCAGGGGGCAGAGCAAGCGCGCCGAGAGUCUGCGCCGAUACCGGAGCUGCGCGCGUGAGAUGACGACUGGUGGCAGAAGGGGCGCAGGUGUGCUGGGGUGAGGACGCGUAGAUCAACAGCGUCUUAGGUCGUUACACCUGCACGUGAAAGCGAGCGCCAUCAUGCAGCAGCUAUGAGCCAGUGCUUACCGACCACGCUGCCCUCAUUAAACACGACGUCGGCGGGCCCGCAGGCAGCGAAGUCUUCGCGAGGCGAUCGUAAACCCAUCGUGUUGCCAAAACCCAGACAUUUAUUAGGUGGCGCACAAAGGCUGUCGACGGGCGUAACUAGAACGAAGGCACCGGCCGUUCUGCCGAAACCGAAGCAUCUCGCGUCCAGACUUAGUUUCAGAGCUCGCAACGGCUUCGCACGAAGGAGCACAGCACGGCGGCAGAGCGGCAGGAAGAGGAAGCCCGAGGUCGGCGGCAAGAGAGAGACCUGCGGCGAGAGAGAGCCGUCGGUGGGGUCGGCGGCCAGCGCCGAGCGUCGCAGCGAGAUCGCGAGCAUCCCGCGUGGCAACGUCGCCUCGUGCAUUCACUCGCUACUCAGCAUCACCGACCGACGAGAUCCGCAGCAUCCCGUCCGCAUCCAGAAGGAGCAAGCCAUGCUCUGCUGCUACCAGAAAUGCGAGGUCUCGCCGACAGGCUACGGCCACGGCCCGCCGGCAGCGGAACCGGCAGCCGACGCUUCCGUCGAGGCGUCGCGCGGCGACGACGUGCUUCUGCCUGUCGACGCCGAGGAGCUGUCCGUCGGCGAGACGAAUUCCGCCGACGUAACUCCAGUACCUAAACCCAGGAGGAAGCUGUGCGCUCCGGCUCAGAAGGGGACGGCAGAUGACGCCAAGUCGUGGGACUUGUACGGAGAGAUACUGGCGGAAAUGACGUGUGACGGGAAAGUAGACGACGGUAAACGCGACGGUAUGUCGCUCGCCGUCGGCAAAUCAGAAGAAUUUCGUGAAGUCGUUUCUGGCGAUGUGAAGAUCGCGUGUCUCCCUUCCCGUGAAUCCGAGAGAGUUGACCUCUUCCACGAUGAUCAUAUUACAGAAGCGCCUAUCCCGGAUGAACCCCCGGAUGAUUCCCCGGCCCUUCCCCCCGCGUGUGAGGACGGUAGCAGUGUCGACAGCACCUACCACAGUGUGACCGUUGUCAACGUCGAUUACGAUGACGUCACCUCAUUCUCGAGCGCACUCGGCCUCACAGCCGACGACGACAACGACGACGGAAGCGCGCUGUCUGCGAUACCGCCGACGGACGACAGCGUCGUUUCGCCGCCGACGCACACGAAUGUCGCCGCCGUCGGCUACUACCCGGGAUACGUCGACGACCACUAUGAGACGGUCGGCACGCACGACGGCCUCCAGCCGACGUCCGAGUCGGACUCGGACAACGUCGACUACUGCGAUAUCGACGAGGGAUUCGAUACGACAGCGUCGCAGCACAUGACGCGCAAUCCGGACAGCGACGACGACGACAUCUACAUCGACAUCGAGGAUACUAGCGACAGGAAGGCGUCGUCAAGGCCGGGUGACGACGCGUACAGGCCGUGGGCAAGUCUCUACACGACCUCGACGACGAAUACGGAUCCGAUCGAAACCGAUCCAGUGUACUCGGAUAUUGCCGACGCGACGCCGCUGUCCAUGGCCUUUAGCCUUGACCACCUCGCCGACUACGGCAUGGACUGUGGCGAGAGGACGACGAGGCGGGGCGGUGCGAAGCGCAAGAACUUCUCCGAUCCGGGUUUCAGAGAUCUGAACAUGGUGAUCCGAGGCACGCUGGUUGAAAUACGAGAGGAGAGACGCGAGGACGAGUGCGACAUAGGACCAGUUGACAAGUGUGACAAUUCUGACGACAACAGGAGCAAGCCUCCUCGCAGGACGCGCCCGGUGAGGAAUAACAGAAGACACUCGUGUCCGAUUCCUGUGAGCCAUUCUGGGCCGGUUCUGCUACAGAUCUACGAUUCAGACACCGAGAACGACUGGCAGCAGUGCGGCCAGCACUUUCCCGACGAUCUUACCGAGCUCUCUGAGAAUGAGCCCGCUACGUACGACCCUUACACGCCUGGCGUCGGCCACGGCGACCCCGCGCACGUGAACCGCGUCGCCAUGUGUCAGCCGGUCGGCGCGCUCGUCGUCGCGCCACAGAGGGCGACGUGGUACUGCGACAUCGACAUCGACAACCACAACCACCACGUCGCCCUUCGCGCGCAGGCGAUGAAACACAGCAAGAGCGAGCAGCACCUAGAGAUACUCGGCAUGCCACGCAGCGGUAUGAGACAGCGCGCCAAGUCGUCGGUGAACCUGUGGGAGAAAGACGACGACAAGACGAAAUCGAAGAAGUCGCUCGGCGAUCGGUUUAGGACGCUCUUCAAGAACAAGGAGAAGUUAAACGCGACGAACAGAGACAACCAAUACGCCAGUCGCAACACGGGCAGCGCCACCAAGCAGCAAGUAGACGACGUCAGUUACUGCAGUACGAAUAUCAUCAGCGCUCCGAUGCCGCUGUACAUACCUCAGUUCGGAACGCAGCCGCCCCAACGCCCGCCUCCCUCACUCGCCCCUACCACGCGGCUCGCCAACAUCCUACAGUCGGACGAGGCACUGGGCAAAUUCAAGGUGCAUCUACGCACGGAUGAGGCAGCUGUCGCUCCAACACCUGCUUUUGCGUGUAAACCGGAACUGUUGCCACGGAAACCGAUUGUGAAGCCACCGCUGCCACUGCCCCGCAAACCACUGCGGCCACAAUUAGCAGAGUGUGGUCCGCGCACUGAGAGCCCCGACAAUAACAUCGUUAUGCCUAUCAUCACCGCCGACGAUUCCGAUAUUAGAAUAUCCUACUGCAAUAUCUCGCACUGUGGCAAGAAAGGGCCGACGACGGAGAGAGGUUACUCUCUGACGAACGAGGCUCUUCUGGGAGGUUCACGUCGAAGUUCCUUCGAUGCAGGACGCGUGUGGAAACGCAAGACCUCAGAGGACGUGCUGGCGCAGAGAGCCGUAGAGUUGUACGAAAGCAGUGAACGUUACUGUCGGCUGCCUUACGUUAACGUGCGACACGAUGUGACCAACGACGCGAGCAAGACGACCACGCAGAAAGCGCUGCCUCCCCCUCUUCCGAGAAGAAACAACAACAUGAGGCCCUCGGCAAGCGAGUCACAACUGAACGCCAAAGUACAGUCGUUGACGAAUGCCGUCACAGAUGUGACUGUCGUUGACGAAAUGACAACUCGUGCGCCACCGCCUUUGCCGAAACGAAACAUAAUGACAAUCCCCAUCAACAGCAACCUGGUUGUGUGCACGACGCCAUCGCCAAAGACCAACGACGGCAGUUCCUGCCAGCCUAAGCGACAAGGCUCCAGCGCUUCUGCCAGCUCCUGCGACUCUGCCAACCUCAGCGUGUCACGUGCCAGUUCCAAUACCAGCAGCUCUAGCGAUGCUCGCUCGCGCCUGUCUCUGCCUCGUACGGAGUCGCAGAAUUCGGGCUCGUCGGCCGAUUCAGCUGUUGGCAUGACAACGGGAACGCCGCCUUUGUACAUCGUCAGCAACAGUAGCGUCGAAAACUGGCAUUCGAGUAUGCAGCAGGCGAAGUCGUUGGGUAGUCUUUGUGAUGGUAACGAAGAAAGGGAAAGGGGGAACCAUCCUAGAUCACACGGAGACUUGCCAUCUUGCGAACCAAUUUCACAGAUGAUAAAUGUUGAUCAGAAGACGUACCCGGAUCAUGGGAGAGCGACGCGGCCGAGGGCUCAGCGUCGCAGUGAUUCGAUCGGCUCCAGGUCAGCGAGUGAGUCAUCGGUGCAGAGGGACAGUCCGACAGCGACGAACCUCAGCAGCUCCUCGUCCACCCGGCUUUCGUCAGCCGCCGAAAAGACGUAUACAUCGGAGGAUGAAGACCUGUCCGACGAUGAUGACUACAUCAGUGCGCGCGGCAUUCGGAAAGAGAACAGAGACUCGCGUUUCCACUGCGAGCCACUCUACCAGUAUUAUCACGAGGACACGAGGCGACGGAACUCUAGCGGCGACGAAGACGACAUCUAUGAGACGUACGGCUGCAGCCCCGCGCACGACGACAGCGAUCUCGUAGAGGAAGUAUUCGAGGAAGCUGUCGCCUCCUACACAUCCGUCCGCGAGGAAGACACGUCGAUCAAAAUACAGAGGUCGCUGUGGUGCGAGCUGCCCGAGGUGAAAAAGAGCGGCCUGCUGAACUUAAUAUCGGACAAAGAGUUGAAGCUACAGGAGUCUAUGUUUGAAGUGAUCGCAUCCGAGGCGUCGUAUCUGCGUAGCCUUAACAUUCUCAUCAACAACUUUCUGCUGGCGCCUGAGUUCGAGCUGAAAUCAGCGAGCUGUGUGGUAACGAGCAGCGACAAACACCACCUCUUCUCCAACAUCGUCGCCGUGCGUGACGUCAGCGAAAAGGUGAUGAACGACCUCGAGAAUCGCUGGAAGGAGAACUUGCUCAUCUCGGAGAUUAGCGACAUCAUCGCUCGCCACGCGUCAAGCUCGUUUGACGUCUACAUUAAAUACUGCUCAAACACCACCUAUCAGGAGCGCACGCUGUCGAACCUGAAAAAGUCAAAUCCAUCGUUCCUGGAAGCACUAAGAAGGCUAGAGUCAGUGCCUGAGAGUGAGGGUCUCAGCAUGCACUCUUUCAUGCUGCUGCCCAUGCAGCGCAUCACCCGCCUUCCUCUCCUGUUGGAAGCGGUAAAGAGUAGGGUGGACACCGAUUCCGCAAAGUUUAAAACCAUAUGCAAAACUCUUGUCGAACUUAAAAAGAUUGUGAGUGCGUGCAACGAGGGAUCACGGAAAAUGGACCGCAUGGAACAGCUGUGCCACAUUAGCAGCCAGCUUGACUUUAAAAUUAAGAAACUACCUCUCGUGUCUUCGAGUCGCUGGUUGGUGAAGAAGGGUGACGUCACACGCAUAAUACCAGCCGCCGCGGCGAAGCUUACGUUUGGUAUGCGCCGGCAGUUGACUCAAACUAUCACGCUCUUUCUCUUCAAUGACGUGCUGCUUGUCGCAAAGAAAAAGGGUGAGGGGAACUAUAUGGUCAUCGAUUCCGCUUGGAGGACAUUUCUGGAGGCUAGACACAUAGAAGACCUUGAUAGCUAUGCUAGGCUGCCCAAAGGUGUACCAAGCAGCUGCAAAUACGUCAUCGAACUUGUCAUGUUUGAAAACCACGCUGGCAAGCACGACGAAAUGAUCAUCUCGUUUAACUCAGAGAACGAGUGCAUGCGCUGGAUGGACGUGCUUAACACUGAGCAUCAGCAGGCGAACGGGGAGAAGAUCUACGAGUUGUGGGAUUGUCCGCAAGUUCAGAUCGUUCACAAGUACGUCGCCCAGCAGCCGGACGAGCUCUCGCUAGAAGUGAAGGACGUUGUCAAUGUGACCCGCAAGCUGCAUGAUGGUUGGUACGAGGGCGAGAAGCUAUCCGAUGGCGAACGGGGUUGGUUCCCAGCCAACCACGUAGAGGAGAUGGUCAACUCUCACGUACGCGCGAAGAAUCUACGCUCGCGCCACCGCCUCCUCACGGAAACUCACGCCUACGUUGAGAAGCAACUGAAAGGUCGGGAGGUUGGAGGAAGGAUUAAGCAGCAGCCCGUGGCAAACUUUGUGCUGUAGCGUUUCUGCGCGGUAUUUAAUACAUGUACAUAACAUUGCGUUCAUAAGUUUCGCGGUUAGAGAUAGAGAGGAAGAGAAAGAAAAAGAGAGAGAAUGAGAGAGAUAGAGAGAGAAAGAGAGAGAGAGAGCGAGAGAGAGCCUGAAAAAGCGAAAGGAAAAACGAGAGAGAGAGAGAGAGAGAGCGCGCGCACGAGAGAGCGAGAGAGAACAAUUUAUAGUUUUCUGGGUCUCAAACUACUCUCAGCAACUACAUAGAUUAUGUGUGGCAGGCCGACCAUUUUACAAACUUGUACGCAUCUUGUACGCAUAAGCGUCGUUCUAAUGAUUAAUAUGUUAGUAAACAGUUGAGUUGACAUAAUAUCGUCAUUUGAAUGCCUGCUGGCUGUCUGCGCAUUUGUAUAUUUUCUAAUAUAACCAGCUAAAUAAAUGACGAUAUCCAAAUGAAUUAUUAAUUAGAUUAUAAUAAACCAACGUUAACAUCACAUUUACAGAUUUAAUAACAGACUAUUAAAGUUAGCCUAUCUUCCAGAUUGGGUGUACUGUAGUUGUGCUAGUUGCUUUGUUUCUGAGUGUCUAUUCAUAGGUCUGUCGCAUAUCACACUUAUUGUUAUCACACUAGUAAAUAUAGAUAUUCCGGGAUUGAAGAUGAGCGUAAAUUAUUUCAUAUUCUGAUAAAUAUGAAACGUUCUGAGAUUUUCAAACGAACUAUUUAAGAACAAAAAUAACGAUAUACAGUGAUAAAUAUUGCAGCUUUUACAUUUAAUAGCCUAAUUAUUCAGAUAUCGUUAAACUACAUAGCAUUCGAAAACAUGUGGAGUAUUGUUUUCUUAUUCACAAUCUGGCACGGGUUUGGUAAUGCCAAUACACUUGCAGCAUAAAUAUUGUAUUUAACCUAUUCGUACGAGCAACAAAGUAGGUUUCACCAAAGCAUAUUCCUUCGUGUAACAAUAAAGCGAUUCCCAAGUAAAUAAGUUAGGUAAAAAUAAUUCAUGCCUAGCUAACUGCAGAAACGAUAUGUAGGGGGCCCUCUACCGAUAAUUUGGAGUGGGCAUUUAUAGAGAAACCAUGCGCAACUCGUAUCACUUCUUCAAAAUCUCAUAAAUAUUUUGCGUGCCUUACAGUAGUUUAUAAUAUAACUUAACUAUUGUAUUAACUUAAUCUUUACUAGCAGCUAUUACCUUGUAAUCGGUUACUAGAACAUGUACGUAAAUAAGAUGUAAAUAAAUCAUUUACCGAGAA